AUGGAAAUUUUCGAUUUAUUUAAUUUACCAGAUGAUGUCUUGUUGAAAUCAAAUGAAAGUUUUUAUGGUUUUGUUGAACAAGUUACUGGUAAAGUCGAAGCUGAUAUAUUACGUGUACAAGGUAUAAGCAAUGCACGGUCUCUAAUUCGAUCAAAAAAUUUAUUGGAUAUAUUUAAACUUGAUUGUGAUGAAGUUAGUGCAUUAAAACCACUUGCUUGUUUUCAAUGCAAGACUGGUGAUUUCAUUGUUAAGCAAGGUAUUCAAUUGAAUUUAGAUAAUUUAUUUGAUGCAUUGAAGGAAAAACAUGAGAAGUAUACAAAGAAGAAUAAAAAACAUCAACAUCAACACGAAUCAUCAUCAAUAGAUUUAAUACCAUCAACACCAUUAACAAAUAUUAAUAAUAACGACAGUUUGACUAUACGAACCUCUUCAGUUGGAAUAACAAUACCGGAUUCAUCAAAUAUUUAUUCAUUUACGACAAGUCAAAGUUCUUAUGUAUCCAAAUAUAAAACAAUAAAUGAUCAUGCUAUUUUUAUUAAUGAUUUAAUUGAGAAGUUUUCUCGUAAAACGUUUAUUUCAGUUAUCUUAAAACAGAAUGAACAUUACGAUUUAAUGAUUGCGGAAGAUGGUCAAGUAUUUAAAGCAACAAUUAAAUGUCAAUGUGGAUCUAAAAUUACGUUGCCGAUUCGUUCUCUUACGUCAUCAGUUAUUUUAUCGAAUUUUUAUUCUCAUUUGACAACGUCAAACUGCUCAAUGGUCGAUCGAAUUUUUAAAGAACAAGAAAAAGCAGCAACCAAACAAGUAGAAGCUUCAUCGUCUUUAACUUCAGUACCAAAAUCACCAAUAUCUCCUUCGAAUGACAAUAAUUCUGGUUCCGGAAAACAAUCCAAAAGAAAACGUCUUUAUGAUAUUUUAUCUACAACAAUGUCGAGUUCCAAAAAGGAAAAAAAACAAAAAAAAAUUGAUUAA